ACAACGUAGUUUCGCGAAAAGUGCAUUGCGCUCGGUGCAACAAACUUGGGGCCUGGUUUGGGGGUGUGGUGCAUUUGGUUCGGGUCAUAGAAUGAUCGCCUGAUCUUAAGCACGUUGCUGCCACUAGGACGAUCCUUCUUCACGGACACCAACAGCCCGUACCCGUUGUACUGUUGUAGCUCAUGCCAGCUGCGCGGAACUACCUACGUUUUUGUUUUGUUCGGAUCACCGUGAUCCGUGAUCGCUGCAUCGAACGCAGUUGCUUGCAGCAACCCAUCGCCAGUGGUUUGGUGUGCAACAGGUGUGUGAACAUCGGUAUUAUCAAUAAGCCGUUCGAACUGUGCGAAACAAAAGGACUUUAUAGCGGCUGAGUAUGGGAAACACAAACAGCCAUGGUAACGGGAAGGGAUCCGGCUCGAACAGUCCAACAAAGUCGAAGGGAAACGGUGCUACUGAACCGAAGCAAACGAACGGUGGCAAUGGUGCUGCUGGUCCGGUUGCAGGUGCUGCUGGUGCACUGGCACGCGGCAUGACGCGCACGGCUAGCGGGGCGGACAUUCAGGACCGCUCCCAUACACAGUUCCAACCGGUGGAUAAGCUUGGCCGCAUACUUUCGAAAAAAUGUGAGGAACUGCACGGCAUUCAUGGUGUUACAGGGGAUGUGUUCGCGCGCUACGUAUUUCCAAAGUAUCCCGAUCUGGGGCUAAAGCUGUUCCGCUACCUUCGCUUUAUGAGCCACGCCAAGACGGAACACUUGGGGCUGGUUGCAUUCCGGCAGCAGUGUGAACGAUUUCUUGCGCUGUUGGACGAUUCGGUCAUACUGGAAAACUAUGUGCGCAUGUUUGGCGAUCUGAACGAGAGCGAGCUGAUAAAGCCGGAAAAUUUGAAAAAUUUGCUUCGCACCUGUUACAAUCUAGCGAUGGCACACUAUUCCGAUGGACCCCAGACGUGUCGGUUGGUCGAAGAUGAUGAAGUUUCGCUCAAUCGAACACUCGAUUCGGUCGUGCAGUCGUGCUUCUUUUCGAAGGAAUCGCUCAGUCCGGGCUACAUCUGCCGCUGGUUAGAAAACAACGUGCCCCGGCUGGUGCCGCCGAUCCAUAAGUACUGUGUGCACGCGCUCAGCACAUCCCAUCGUACGAUCAUCGACAACAGUAUGGCAAGCAACAGUGAAACGGUCGUGUCGAUCAGUGCCAUCAAUGCGGGCGAAGCAAGCUACGGGCUCGAGCUGCAAACACCAAUACUGGAGAAAACGAAUCCGUUCGGCAAGGAGCUGGGCGGUGGGAUUGGUAACGGGGGUGGACUCGGCGGUGCAGGCAUGCCCCGUGAACCGGGCAAACCGCUAACGGAGGAUGAACGUGAGCGGUUGAAAAAUCAGCAACCUUUGCUACCGCUUUCGGAGGCUUGGCUUUUGGCUGGUUCGCUUCCACCCCUGUAUAGCAAACCGCAGUCCGUGGCGGCACCGAUCAAUCCCAAUUCGGCGAAUCUGACUUCUCAUAUAUUCUUGGCGAAACUGUUGUCGCUCGUUCCCUCCCACUGGACGUCACUGUACGAUUCGAGGCUGGACGGGUCCGGUACGAAUCGGUUUUUGCACCACGUGCUUGGCUAUCGUGGACCGAACCUGAUUCUGUUCCGAUGCGAAGACGAUCUACUGUUCUGUGUCGCGAAUCCGAACGAGUGGCGCGAAACGCAUCUGUACAUCGGUGACGAGGGAAGCUGCUGUUUACAGCUCCUGCCAAAAUUUCAAAUGCUAGAAAAGAAACCGAAAAGUCUCUACCUAAACACGCACAUCCGCGGCUAUCCGAAGGGGCUUCGGGCUGGUUCCGAUCCGCGCAAACCGAUCCUGAUCGUGGACGAGCACUUUGAGCGGCUCGAGUACCGGUCGCUGCAGCACAAGAUCCUUUCGAUUGAGGUGUGGGGCUGUGGCAAUCAGCAGCAGCGCGACGUACAGCUGGAUAUUAAGAAGUGGCAGGUGAAGGAAGCGGAACGGCAGCGAACGGUCAAGAUGACUGCUGCCGACUGGAUGGAUCACCCCGAUCGCUAUCUGCUGGAGCUUGGCGGUCGUCAAAAUUACAACAACUCAUCCACGUAAUGCAAAGCGACUAGAAGAAGAGUGUAACCGAAGCGCAGUACUUUAAGCCUUACAGCCCCCUAACCGUAGCGAGACGCUGUAGGAAACGACAGGCCGUUACUGCUUUGCUUUCCAUUUCGAUGCAAAUGGAACAGAGUACAGAUUUCAAAGAGAGUUUAGCGCAAUACCCUCGGACUACUAUCCCCAUCGAUUAAAAUUUGUUAGGGGAAAAUGGGAUGCUGUGUACUUACGGUUUUUUGUAUGUGUGUGUGUGUUGCUAUAUCCAUACUUAUAAGUAGCACCGCACGUUUAACCAUCGGAAACAGCAGCAAUAUGCACCCAAACUUCAGUAUCUGAUUCCUUGCCCCAUCAAUGGUAUUGAUUUGAAGAAAACAGAAAACAAAACACACACACUUAACAAAAAAGAAAGACAGUUAUACACACACGCACGCGACAAAGAAUGUUGUUAAGCCAUGAUGUGAAGCUUGCUAUUUAUCUUUUGUCACUUACUUACUGGUGGGUAUUUUAAUUUGUUUUGUGUACACGGUGCUGAAAAACAACACAUUUCCGUUCGAUAGGAUAGAAUCUUUUUUUUGCCUUCAAAAGUGUGUGUACUUAUUUCAUUAGCACCUAUUAGACCCUAUUGGGGAUGAAUGAUUAGCUUUUUUCCCGUGCCGAUACCUACUGUAUAAGGUGCAAUACACGAUCAGAAUCGUUAUUUAAUAAUGUUGCAAUGAGAAAUGUUUGUGCGAUGGUGCUUUGUAAGCGCGCAUUGGCAUGUGUAAGCGUUUUUUUAUUGUGGUUUCGUUUCGUCGUUGGUCGAAACAACCCCAAAAUUAUUACAGUCGUUGGAAAAGUUUUGCGUAAGGUAGACAAUAAUAACAAAACACUUUGACCGUUUUAAAGUAUUGCUUACAGAUGUACUGUUUACUUAUUUGAGUUAGCUGUGAAUAGUGUCUUAAAAGAAAGUGAUAGAGGAAUAAAGUGUGAAGCAGCGCCUUCAACUGUCUC